GUCGUUGUUUUGUCGUCACUACCAUGCGACGUCUUUUGCACGUGAAGAGGAAUGAUAUUCACGGUCCAGUGUUUGGAUUUGUUUUUUUGCUUGAACCGAGAUGGACAAGCGGAAGAAAAAGACAAAGACGGCUCAACUAGAAAUGGAAGAAGGGAAUAUGAUGACAGCUCAAUGGGAGGAGGAAGAGGAGUGGAAGACUAUAGCCAAAGAGGAGGAGGAGGAAGAUAUUAUAACCCGAGAAAAAGAGCAGGAGGGGAAGAAGGAAACUACAACUCAAGAAGAAGAAGAAGAGGACGAGGUGGAGAAUACUACAGCCGAAGAAGAAGAGAAGGAGGAGGAGGAGGAAGAUGGUAUUGUAACCCAAGGAAAAGAGCAGGAGGGGGAGAAGAAAACUACAACUCAAGAAGAAGAGGACGAGAUGGAAGAUGGGAAGCUCUCCACUCAAAAAGAAGAAAAGCGUAAAAAGCUAACCCUUAAAGGGGUGGCAAAGACUUCCUCUUCCUCGGACAAAAAGUGUGUCCCAGGAAUUCUGUACCUGGGUCACAUCCCUCCGAGGUUCAGGCCCAAACAUAUGAGAAAUCUUUUGUCUGUCUAUGGCGAGAUUGGACGAAUCUUCCUGCAACCCGAAGACGGCCAGGUGAAGGCGAAGAAGAAGCGAUCGGGCUCCAGGAGGAGCGACUUCACCGAGGGCUGGGUGGAGUUCCGUGACAAGCGCGUGGCUAAGCGCGUGGCGGCGUCUCUUCACAACACGCCCAUGGCGACGCGGAAACGCCAGACCUUUGUGUCCGACCUGUGGUGCAUCAAGUACCUGCACAGGUUCCAGUGGACGCAUCUGAGCGAGCGUCUGGCGUACGAGAAGAUGGUUCUUCAUCAGCGCCUGCGCACCGAAGUGUCGCAGGCCAAGCGCGAAACCAACUUCUACAUGGACAACGUGGACAAGAGUGCUCGCAUGGACAAAGAGAGCAAGAAGGGCAAGAAGAAGACGGACGCCCAGCAGCACGCCGAAGAGCGAACGUGGGACUUCACACAACGCCAGACAGAGGAGGAGAUCCAAGCAAAGAAGAAGAAGAAAAAGACAAUGAUGACGAUGAUGGACUCUCGGAGCCGGAAGCCACAAGAGAAGGACCACCUCCACCACCUCAAGAGCCAAUCAAACGUCUCCUUGCUGGCCAAAAUUUUUAACUCCCAACAAACUUAGUAGCUGGUGAAGAAACAAAAUAUAUACUCUACAUAUAUUUUUUUUUUCACCCUCAAUGAUUAUGUGCAAAAUUGUGCAAUUGAAUACGAGUGGAGAGGUUGCUAACAUGCUAACUAACUAAUAUAUCCGAAUAAUGAGCUGCAACAAAUGUACCAGUACAUUGACUUUAAUGCGGGUGUCAAA